AUGGCAAGGAUUUCUCUGUUGUUUACUUUAGCCUUGGUUCUAGCCAUUGGCUCCGUCUCAGCUCACCCAAAGAGCGACAAGAAAACACAAAAGAGCUUGUGUCCACCUACAUUGGGCGGACUAAAAACCUUCCCCUCCAUUGAAAUCUCUAAGCUCAUCGAGAAGAGGGCUCAAAUCGGACCCAACACCGUUACGUUCAACACUUUGUUCGCCAUCUGCAAGGCCUACGGCGACCAUCUCGCGGCCUUCAAGGUUGCAGGGGUCAAGAAUGUGUUUGGCCUGGUUCAUGCCAAAUACGCUUUCAUGGCCAAGGCUAUGCUUGCAGCGCAAGCAACCGUUGGUAUUAAAGGAGAGCUUGCGGUUAAGCUGGAGAAGAGUUACACCGCGAUGGCUAGCGGGUUUGCUGAGAUCGAGGAGAUGAUUGCUCAGAUCGUCGCUAAGUAUAACUUCGAUGUUAACGCUGAGAUAAGCAAGGGUGAUAGGAUCAAGAUCGAGAAAUGUUUGAUUAAGUUGAAGGGUUCUAUUAGUGUUUUCGUCAAGGUUCAGUAUGACGCCGCCGGUAAAGCAAAGAUCGGCGGAGGAAACGAAUUCAGGCCACUGAGCCACUCUCGCAACAAACACUUAGACUAA